AACUGAGGUGACGGCGCGGUUUCCUUCAAUCCCCUCCUCCAGCACCUUGGCCUCGGCGCCUGCCGGGUUCUGGCCAGAGAGCCCUGGAAAGAGGGGCCCCCGGCUCGGCGCACACGCGGGAGCCCACGGCGAGGCCAGCGCGCCGGCGCGCGAAACUUGGGCGAAGUUAGUUGUUGCAAGUGGCCGGCGGAGACCCAGAGGAGCGAGGUGGGGACUGGGGACGCGGCCGGUGCCGGGCCAGCCGCGCCGAGGCAGCGCCGCCCGCCACGCUCAGCGCUCUCCGAGAUCCCCAGUCGGCCGGCGCGCCCGGAGGGGCUCGGAGCUAGCGGAGCCGGCAUGGCCCCGGGUACUGGGAGACGCGGCGCCUCGGCUAGUCCGGAGGAUUUCCUCUGAGGCCCGGGGACCCCCAACCUUGAUCAAGCCACAUCCUACCUCCUUCUCCGACCCGCCGCUGGAGAGGAAGACCCGCGAGGCAGGUGCUGGGGGCGCAGACAGUGCCCCCCUUCCACAAAACCCAGCCUAUUGGUGGGGGGAGGGAGUGGGAGGGCCCCAUCAGCGCGCCCUGCCCGGAGUCAGGAAGACCGGCUGGAGCUGCUGUGUUUGUAUCAAUACCCAUUGCUGCACUGUUUUUCGCGUGGCGCGCCCGGACCCUCCUCCGCCUCCCCCUCCUCUUCCUCCUCCGGGGCCACCUCUGCUCCUCCUCCCCCACCCCCAUCUGCUACUGUCAAAUGAGAAAGUCACCGAGAUCCCAAACACUCCAGCCACCGAGAGCCCCCUUUGGCACUUGGCAGCGCGCGGCGACUGGCCUCCCGGCUCAACUUGGUGGAACCUCCGCGACGCAACUUUCCUCCGGGCGGCUGUGCAUUUGAGAGAGGAAAGACUGAGCAGGGGCUGAGCUCUGCCGGGCAGAGACUACCUGCAGGGAGUUCGCGAGAAAACGCCACCGGAGGGGAAGGACAAAAAGAAAGCAGAGAGCAAACUGCCACCGUGGGGUGGGGGCACCGCCUGAAAGUUACCGUGCUCCGGAGAGUCCCCCCCCCCCCCCCCCCGCCCGAGCGCUCAGCCAGAGAGAGCAGGGCAGCCUGAGAGGCGGCGCGGCCCUGGGCUGGUCCCCCGGCCCCCUCCUCCCGGGCGGGAGCGCCGGCGGGCCGAGCGUGUCCCCGCGGGCAGCCAACAUUGAUUUCCUCCGGGCCAAGGGCGACGGCCCGGGCGGCGGCGGGCUGCAGCCGCGGCACGGCGAGAGCAUGUCCAAGCCGGUGGACCACGUCAAGCGGCCCAUGAACGCUUUCAUGGUGUGGUCGCGGGCUCAGAGGCGCAAAAUGGCCCAGGAAAACCCCAAGAUGCACAACUCGGAGAUCAGCAAGCGCCUGGGAGCCGAGUGGAAGCUGCUCACGGAGUCGGAGAAAAGGCCGUUCAUCGACGAGGCGAAGCGCCUGCGCGCCAUGCACAUGAAGGAGCACCCCGACUACAAGUACCGGCCGCGGCGCAAGCCCAAGACGCUGCUCAAGAAGGACAAGUUCGCCUUUCCGGUGCCCUACGGUCUGGGCGGCGUGGCCGACGCCGAGCACCCGGCGCUCAAGGCGGGCGCCGGGCUGCACGCGGGCGCGGGCGGCGGCCUGGUGCCCGAGUCGCUGCUCGCCAACCCGGAGAAGGCGGCCGCCGCGGCCGCCGCCGCCGCCGCCCGCGUCUUCUUCCCGCAGUCGGCCGCCGCCGCCGCCGCAGCAGCGGCCGCCGCCGCCGCAGGCAGCCCCUACUCCCUGCUCGACCUGGGCUCCAAGAUGGCAGAGAUCUCCUCGUCGUCGUCCGGCCUCCCGUACGCGUCGUCGCUGGGCUACCCGACCACGGGCGCGGGCGCCUUCCACGGCGCGGCGGCGGCGGCUGCAGCGGCCGCCGCGGCCGCCGGGGGGCACACGCACUCGCACCCCAGCCCGGGCAACCCGGGCUACAUGAUCCCGUGCAACUGCAGCGCCUGGCCCAGCCCCGGGCUGCAGCCGCCGCUCGCCUACAUCCUGCUGCCGGGCAUGGGCAAGCCUCAGCUGGACCCUUACCCCGCGGCCUACGCCGCCGCGCUAUGACCCCGCGGGGCCACCCUGCGAGGUUCGGUGUGCACACGUGUACAUAUGUAUAGGUACGAGCUCUGCGGCCGCCCGGUGCGCCCUUCCGCCACGGGGGACCUCGGGUUGUUUGUACAUAGGAUGUAUAGGUGCCAGGCAGGGGCAGAGAUGCCAGUCGGGGCGCGAGUGCGCGUGUGAAUUCGCAGGAUCAUUUCGGAACCGCACUUCGGCAGCCCGCUUUAAAGUGGGCCGUGGCAUUCCGGCAGCAGUUGGCGCGUUUGUUUUGCACUUCGGAACCUGUUGCGUUUGGGCCCAUAGAGGUGGAGGAGUAACUUUUUUGACAUGUUGGGCACUCCAGUUUUGUUUGUUGGAAGUUUAUUGUCGGUUUCAUUUUUGUUUCUCAUUAUCUUUCUUUUUUCUUUUUU